AUGAAUAACUCAAGAUCAUCUGCUAGAAAGGGAACCAACAACCUCCCAGUUUAAACUGGAGAUAUCGAGGAAUACAUAUAAAUAUUGUAUGAGCAUCAGAAGAGCUGUGAAAAAGCUGGAAAAUAUUUAGAAGCUGAUCAAGCAAAAAAAAGACUUGCUGAAUUAAAAAAAGAAUUGGAUCAGAAGAAUAAAUAUGAAGUCAAGGACAGACAUACUAACGAAAAAUAGGAGAUUGAGAAGGCCCAUCUUGAUGAAUUUAAUCAAUUUAACGAAUUCUGGGAUUAAAAAAUGGCUGAAUUCGAUUCAGAAGCUCAAAGAGUUAAAGAAUAAGUCCUACAAAGACAUGAUGAAGAGUUGAGAUAAUUUACAGAAGAAUUAGAGAACUCCAUUCCAGUCAAGCCAAAAGACUCAGCUGAAUUACUCAGUUUGAGAAAGACUGAAGAAUCAUUAGCCAGACAAGAGAAUUAUCAAGAGGCUCAUCUAACUCAAUAAAGAAUACUCUCCAUGGAAAGAGAUGAAUAUGAAAAAUGGAAUGCCUCGAGAAUGUGCAAAAUCAGAAACCUUAUUUCUCAACUUAAACUUAAGUAAACCAAUGAAUUAGGUGCAUUGUAACAAAGAAUCAUAUCUGGAUAGGAAGAAUAAAGAAAGAUUAGAUCUUAAGAGUUGGAGAAAUUACUAUAGAAAUAUUAGAAUGUCAGAAAGGAAUUAACUAGUUAAUAAAACUAGGAGAUUACAAGACUUGAUAAAACUAUGAAGAAUCAAUCUAUUAUGUAAUAGUCUAGAAUGAACUCAUCUAAAAUGAUGAACUCACAGAUGAAAAAAGGGGAUGAAGAAAACUUCUAUAUAAAAUGAACAUUAUUAUUAUUAUAUAUAUAACUUAAUAUCAAUAAACUUUUUAUC